AUGCUGUCCGUCAUAUUAUUUGUUUGCAUUAUUAGUUGUGGUACGAUCUUAGCCAGCAAGGACCUUCUUAGCCAUGCAACUCAAGUUGGAAUGGAAUUGUUGGAAAAAUCACGAAUUGAAGGCGUUACCAUCAGAGAAUGCUCGUGUCAUGAGCAAGAAGUUUGUGUGAAUCAAUUUAAAGAGAACGCACACGUUUGCAUCGAUUCCUGUUGGUCAAUUGUUGGCAAGUUGACUGCACAUCCGGAUCAGUUACUGGACUGCUUCAAAAAGCAGCAACCAUUGAUAGAUAGUUUCUUAAAGUGUAUCGGUGCUAGCACUCAUUCAUGUGUUCAAACAGAGAAUGGCCCUCAGAUCCCGAAGCAAGAUAUCCGUAAGCUAAUUGUAGCUGGCGAGCAAGAUUUCGAGACAUCGAAAAAAAGUUUCAUUCACAAUCCUGCACUGCAACCUUAUAUGAGAAUAGUAAAUGGAGCACUCGAUUUUGCAAACUGCUUCAAAGACUGUUAUGUGAAAAUGCAUGAAAAAGGAUUCUGCUUUGAUAAGCAAGGCUGUCAGCCGUUGCUUCAAGGAUUGCAAGCGAAGAAAUUGUUGAAGAAGUGCGCUAAAAGAAUCAAUUGGAAAGCUGGUGCUGGUGAAUUAUGCGAGUGUUCAUUGCAUGCUGGUCUUAAAGAACUGAAGAACUUCUGUCCGUUACUGAGAGCGAUGACCAGAAAGAUACAGGUGCAUUGA